GUGAGCUGUGAUUGGUCAAAGCUUGUCACAUGGUACAAGGCUGUUGUGAAUGGCCCUGUACCAUGUGAUCUCGGUGAUCAUUCACAGAUUUCACACGUAGUAAACAAUGAUGUCAGAAGUGACAUCAUUGCUUACUACUCUGCAUGUGAUCACUGAUUGGCCAAUCAGUGAUCACAUGAUCGGGAGCUCACACAGAGGUCCCGUCCGACGAUCGGUUUUUUACUGUGACCGGAGGACACAGCGGGCACCGGAUCGCGGUGCUGCGCAAUUCCGGGGAGCGCGCACAGCUAGAAAAGGCGGGUGCCGUUUAUGA